AUGGGGAAGCGCCAGCCUGCGCCCAGGCCUUCGUCCUCCAGGAGGCAGCCGUCCAGCAAGAGCAAGUCAUGCCCGGCUGCGAAGCGCAGCGGGGGCGAGGCGAAAGCACGAGACGCCAGGAAGUCCAUCACGGAGACGGCGAUCGUCCUUGACGACGACAACGUCGCUUUGGCUUUGGCAGAGCUCCUGCCGUCGCAGACGCCUGGCAAGGUCCGGAGGUUGAUGCGCAGGUGGAUGAAGCCCAUCUUGAAGGUGAAAGUCCCGGGCAGAGCCACGCAUCUGCCCACGAAGGCCAUGCUGGAAAAGGCGAAGGAGAAAGUAUUGCGGUUCUACCGGGGCGAGGAGGCCCUUGGCGACAGAAGCGUCGUCGUGAAAGCAUUCCUGCUCGCCUCGCGAGAGCGGAGCCUGCGCUUUGACUGGGAUCGGGCCUGCGAGAGGGUGCGGAACGCAAGCUUCGACAUGAAGAAACAUAUAGACUCCUGGGACGAAUGCCUGGCGAUGAGCUCAGGCGACACCAAUUUCUCGAGUGAGAUCUUCGUUUGCGGCACCAAGAAGGUCACGCUCAAGGCCAGCCAGUGCCACUCCGUAAGCAGUGUAGUCAAGGCUGGGGCGGACGGUCCCUACGGCCUCUGGGGCGGGGAUCUCGGCCAAAGGGUGGCCGCAGGGGGCUUCAAUCAAGUGCACACGCCAGCCAGGUUGAUCACUCUCCGUUGA